AUGCCUGACGACGAAUAUGACGAACUCAUGGAUCUCUUCCUCAAGGAUACCGGUGUGUUGGGCUCGCGCUCGCCUAACGCCAUCAUCAGCAAGCCUAGCGAUCUGACGCGUGAUGAGAAGCUCCUUCUGAAAGAUCUUUUUCUCGAGUACGUUGACAUGCCUGGCCAAGUCUCCCACGCAUCCUUUUCUCCUGAGCUCUACAAAGAGUUCUUCGGUGAGAUCUUCAAGUACUGGGUAUCGAGCCAUAGAGUCAACAACAGGCCUAUUCUCCAAGACCAAACUCCGGAGCAGACCUAUAUCGUAAUCGACGCUUCCUGGGCCGAAAGCAAGCCGCAGGCGACCACUGACAGCCCUUGCGAUCGCGCUCCCAUGCGCAGUACCAAAGUUUCUCGCAAGCGAAGGAUUUGCGAGUCAAUUUCCCUCACCAUGGAGUUCAACGCUGCGGAGGAAACCUUCACGUGGACCUGGGAGGACGACGAAGAUGAGAUCAUGAAGUCCUCAAGACUUCAACGUUGGCUCCCCCAAGGCGUGACCAAGAAUAAUGCCAUUCUCAUGGCUAUUGAAAACUACGACAGUUUCGAGCGAAAGCGGAUCACUUCGUACAACCGCGAGCAGAUUAUCAACGCGGCACGGCGUCGCAUCCACAAGUGGGCUCGAGCUGGGUCAUCCCAUGGCGAUACCAUUGACAGCAGUGACAAGCUUGGGCCAGGUUGCAUCCUCUCACUCGUUCUUGCAAGCGAUGUGUAUCUCAGGACUGCUCGCGAUACUGCUGAAAUAGCAGCUGAGAUCAAGAAACGGCGUAGCAUGGUGGCUGCUUAA